ACAGAAUGGAAUAUAUAUUUAUACUGAUCCUUUUUGGAUUGUGCAUCAACACUGAAGUUGUGAAAUGCACCUCGGUGUGUUCAAUUAAUGGCUAUGCCGCCUUUUGCAUAAACAGAGGUCUUCGUCAGGUGCCCGACCUGCCAACGCAUGUAAAUUAUGUGGAUCUGAGUUUAAACAGUAUCGCUGAACUCAAUGAAACAUCAUUUUUUCGUCUUGAAGGUCUACAAGUCCUCAUGCUGAUGCACCAAACACCAGGACUUGUGAUCAGAAACAACACAUUCAGAAGACACUCUAAUCUAAUAUUGCUUAAACUAGACUACAACCACUUUUUGCAAUUAGAGACAGGGGCUUUUAACGGAUUAUCCAACCUUGAGGUUCUCACCCUCACUCAGUGCAGUUUAGAUGGUUCUGUUUUGUCUGGUGACGUCCUCAAACCUCUGGUGUCUCUAGAGUUGCUGGUCUUACGAGAUAACAACAUACAAAGAAUCCAGCCGGCAUCAUUCUUUAUGAACAUGAGGAGAUUCCACGUUCUGGAUCUCUCUUUCAACAAAGUGAAGAGCAUCUGUGAAGAAGACCUCUUCAGCUUUCAGGGUAAACAUUUCACGCUUCUGCAAGUGGCCUCUGUGACACUGCAAGACAUGAACGAGUACUGGUUAGGGUGGGACAAGUGUGGAAACCCGUUUAAGAACAUGUCUAUAACUGUGUUGGACCUUUCUGGAAAUAGCUUUAAAGUUCCCAUGGCAAAGCGUUUUUUUGAUGCAAUCAACGGUACCAAAAUUCAAGGUCUCAUUCUCAGUAAGAGCUACAGCAUGGGCAGUUCUUUUGGUCAUAACAAUUUCCAAGAUCCAGACAAAUUCACAUUCAAGGGCCUUGAGGUUAGUGGCGUUAGGAUUUUCGAUUUGUCCCAAUCACACAUUUUUGCUUUGUCAAAUUCUGUAUUUAGCCACUUUUCAGAUCUAGAACAAAUGACAUUGGCACAAAAUGAGAUCAACAUUAUUGAAAACAAUGCAUUUUUGGGUAUGACUAAACUACAAAAGCUAAACCUGUCCCAAAAUGCCCUAGGUAGUAUUGAUUCUAAAACAUUUCAGAAUCUAGAGAAACUUGAGGUGCUUGAUUUGUCUUAUAACCACAUCAGGGUACUUGGAGAUCAAUCAUUUCAGGGACUCCCAAAUUUACUAAACUUAAAUCUAACAGGAAAUGCUCUGGAAUCAGUUCAUGAAUUUGCAAGCCUACCAAAUCUUAAGAAACUCUAUCUGGGUGACAACAGAAUUUCAUCUGUGGCUAGUUUACCCAACAUUGCGAAAAAUCUCACAACCCUUGACCUGGAAUUUAACAGAUUGACUGACUUGUCAGAUUUGUACAUUAUACUACGGGAAUUUCCUCACAUAGAAAAAAUCUUUCUCCAAGGUAACAUGUUUUCGAGUUGUUAUAAUCAAAGACAAGUCGUGGCAUCAGACAAACUACAACUACUUCAUCUAGGGCUUUCAACCAUGCAGCUGAUUUGGUCAGAGGGAAAAUGUUUAAAUGUGUUUAACAAUCUUUACCAGUUAGAACAGCUUUCUCUGUUUUCCAACGGGCUGCAGUCACUUCCCAAAGACAUUUUCAAAGACCUUACUUCAUUGGUCUUUUUGGAUUUGUCUUUCAACUCUUUGAAGUACCUUCCUAAUGGAAUAUUUCCUAAAAGUCUUCAGAUACUUAAUCUUGAAUACAACUCCAUUUAUUCAGUGGAUCCAAAUCUCUUCAGCACCCUCAGCCACCUCAGCCUGAUGAAAAACCAGUUCCGUUGUGAUUGCAACCUAAGGGAUUUCCAAACAUGGCUAAAUCAAACCAACGCAAUCUUUUCUCACCCCAUUGAGGAUGUGACAUGUGCCAGUCCUAAGGAUCAGUACAUGGUUCCGGUUGUGAGAUCCAGCAUUCAAUGUGAGGAUAAAGAGGAUGAGAGCAGCGCUGAAAAACUGAGGCUUGUGCUUUUCAUUUUCUGUUCUGCACUGAUCAUAUCACUCACUGCCAGCGCCAUCAUUUAUGUCCAACGACGUGGGUACAUCUUCAAGCUUUAUAAAAAACUUAUUGGCAAUCUUGUGGAUGGAAAGCAACAGGAACCCAAUCCUGAUCGAUUUUUGUACGACCUGUAUCUUUGUUUCAGUUCCAGUGAUAUUAAUUGGGUAGAAAGAGCGCUGUUGCAGAGGCUUGAUUCUCAGUUCUCAGAGCAGAAUACACUCCGCUGCUGCUUUGAGGAGCGAGACUUCAUACCUGGGGAAGAUCAUCUUUCCAACAUGCGAAAUGCUAUCCGGAAUAGUCAAAAAACCCUUUGUGUGGUGUCUGAACGUUUUCUGAAGGAUGGCUGGUGCCUGGAAACCUUCAGCCUGGCACAAAAAAGGAUGCAAGCGGAGCUUAAAGACAUUCUGUUGGUGCUGGUUGUCGGAAACAUACCGCAGUACAGGUUACUGAAAUACAAGCAAGUGAGAUCCUACAUUGAGAACAGAAGGUACCUUACAUGGCCCGACGACAGCCAGGACUUGGAAUGGUUUUAUGACCAACUUCUGCAAAAAAUCAAGAAAAACACCAAGGUUAAACAAACAAAUCAACCAACUGAACAAACAAAGGAUGAUGCAAAUGGUCAAGCAAACACAGCAGUAUAAUUGUGGUAUAAUUGCUGACUGUAUAUUCUGGGUUGUAAUUAUUAUUAUAAUUAAAUAAGAUGUUUAUUAUCAUUACCAAACAGGUGUUGAUUAAGUGCAAUUUUCUCAUGAUUUCUGUUUAUAAAUGUAUGAUUUAUA